AUGAAAUUCUCUGCAAAGGGGACAGCUGCCCAAUACGUGCGAACAGUAGCGUCGUCCAGCACUAACAUUGGCAUUGGCGUGGCUGGUUUCUACAGCUUGUUCGUCGGGGAGGUGCAAGGCGGGCAUGGCCAUGAGAGCAGUAGCCAAGAAGAUCAUUCGGUAAAAUCAUCAACCACCAGUGCAUCCGUCCUACAGUACAUUCGCACCGCCAAGAAAACAUUCCAACUCGAGCGAGACCAACUAAAUAUUUCCUUGACAGCCAGAAGAAUGGCCAAGGCGAUAACCCAGGAUGCAAAAGCCAAUGCAGCAAAGAGAGAGAAAUCAGCUCGUAUCUUCAUGGACCGAUACGGAAGCCAUUUUCCUGCAGGUGUCCAGACUCUUGGCGGUGUGUUUUUUAGCAUUGCUGAUGCCGAAAGUAAAAGCACCACAGAUACAUUCAAGCUGACUGAGACUGCCGUGGAUCACCUUAAUGCUCAAAUUUCGUUUGGCUUUCUUAGCGGAGCGUUCGGGAUUGGAGCAAGCGUCACUGGUGAGCACACCACUGGUUCAGGUAAAACUGACGAGAAACACGAGACCAGCGACAAUGAGAGAUUCACCUAUUCUGUGAAGUCCAUGGGCCCACCAGCAACGAAUCCGUCUACGUUUCACAAGUUACUUUCAUACAACUCCACCUGGGCGUUAAUUGAUCGUGGCAGCUUCGAAGGCUAUAUACCAGUCUGGGAGUUAAUCAGAGAUCUUGGGAAAGAGUUUGAGGGGGCGGCUUCUGUCCUAGAGGAAACCUGGUGCAAAGACGAAAAGGCCAGGAAGGAAGAGCGGGAAGCGCAACAAGAAAAACAGAGAAAGCUCAGAGAACAAGAAGAGGAACGAAAGGCGAAGGAAAAGCUGAUGGAAGAAGCAAGAGCCGAUUUGUUAAAAACCAAGAAAGAGCAUCUUAAUAGAGUAAGAUAAAAAUCACUUUUUUUGAAAUGCAAUUUUCACCUAAGGAUUACUCAGAUAAUGAAUAAGACAGCUAUAACUAUCCUUGAUUCAGGCGCAUUCCCGUUCAGUUUGGCCUUAACCAUCCGUAUAAAGUGAUUUUUAAAAUGUGAAGGGGAAGUCGAAUAUUUAUUGAUCAUCAGUGGAGAUUAACUAUUAAAAUUUAAGCAGACAAAAUUUAUUUUUGGCAAUAUCUACCUGCAAACUAAAUCCGACGUUAUUUAGGUGACACUUCCUUAGAGAGGCUACCUAAUGGGGUGGCAUUUUCACAACUGGAUUGACUAUAACGGGGUCGCAUUUUCAAUAAAGUUACUGGAAUGGGGUCGCACAUUUUAGGAUUUUUGGGGUAAAAAAGUUCUUCAUAAUUACGGUUAUCAAACGUACUAGAAUGUAUUUACUGUAGGUGUAACGCAAAGUGUACCUUCAAUUAAAAAAAAAAAAGGUCAAUUCAUUUUAGGAUGGCCUAUUUAAAGGAUUGAUAAAGUAGAUACUUAAAUAGACAGUGGCGAACUUGGGAUCGCGAAAAUUACAUAUUUGCCCAAAAGUGACUAAGACGGGGUCUAUAACUGGCCACAGAACAGACUAUAAUAGGGUAGAGGCUCUGAGAGGACAGCGGUACAUACCCAGCAAGGCUAACCAAAGUCAACCCCCCCCCCCUUUGUGGAAGCGUUCAGAAGUAAUAAAGAAACGAUUUUUUUUGGCUAUUUACAGGACGCUGGCAUAGAUGUUGGUUACUGGCCAACUAAUGGUAAGCUAUUCUUUAACCAAGAUUGGAUGAAACAUGCAGAUGCCUAUGAUAAGGGAAUUGAGCUGAUCAUGAAAGAUCCAUAUCAUAAUAUCUGUGAAAUCACUUGGUGGUGGCAUAUUGGAGGGUCUGGAUAUACCUUGAAGUGCUGGACCGCAUCGGAUAACACGCCUACUACUUUUGGCAAAGGAGGAGGAGAACAUGUAUUGUUCUUCAGUGAGUUGCUCUUCAAAUGGAAGGACCAAGUUCCCAGACGUGGAUAA